CACAAAUAUUGUCUGAUGAAAUGUAUAUAAAGUAAGUACAAGCACAACACUACGUUUACCGUAAAUACAUGAAAAGUACUACUGCAAAAAUUAUGUAUCUACGUAUUACUAGCAGUGUGUAGGAAUAUCUACAGUAUAAUAAAAAAAAAAUAAAAAUAGGUAUAUAAAACACGUAAAAACAAAAAAACAUUUGUCAAACAGUUAUUUCAGGUUUUCAGUUUCGACUUGAUCUUCAUAUGUUUCGGAUUAAAGUUACUGUUUUAAUACAAUUAAUAACUAUGAAGCUCGAAUUACACCUACAUAAAUAAUAUAUUUGUAAAUAAAUAUACAUAAACUAAUGUAAAACAUAUUUGAUUAGCAUUUAAUGAAAGAAAAAUGCACGACCUAUAUAAGCAGUGCUGACCAAAACAAAAACUAAUGUAUGAAUCCAAAGCAAAUUGGUGUAUAAUAUCAUCUACAAGAGCUCUCUGCAGAUAGCAAUGACAUAGGAAAUAAUUACAAUGAUACUAAAUAACGAAAGCAAUCUUAUUAUUUCCAAAGAAGUAGUGGAAAGUGCUAAAACAAGACGAAAAUUCAUUUAUAAAUCUAGAUCCACAAGCUUUGUACACUCAUCAUAUUUCGGAAAUUCAGUUCAAGCUACCGCAAUUUUGUCAAAUUUAGUGACUGACAACAUUUUAUCCGAUGUGAUCGAACGUAGUUCUAGUGAUUCACCAUUAAAAACUAAUACAAGAUCAUCUAAAACACAGUUAUUUUCUCAAGUGGCGGCCACGACAGUUCGAAGUUCUAGCCCACACCCAAACAAGACUGUGAAAAAUGAUAGUCAGGAUAGACCCGAUAAACCGGAGAAACAAGAAAAGGAGAAAAAGAAGAAAGAAGUCAGUAGUAGUCGACAGAAAAGAUUUCACCGACAUUUUCUACAAAUUUCCGAGGAUGAAAAAGUUAUAAAUUAUUUCUCAUGUGCAUUAGUAGCUGACAUUUUGUUGCAAGGUCAUCUUUAUAUAACCGAAAAUUAUUUUGCAUUUUAUUCAAAUGUUUUUGGUUACGUAACGAAGUUACUCAUUCCAAUUUCCACCGUGGUAAAAAUUUCUCGUGAAAAAACAGCAAAAAUUUUUCCUAAUGCCGUAUGUGUUUGUACGGCAGACGAAAGACAUGUUUUUGGAAGUUUUAUCAGUAGAGAAGCUGCUUUUAGACUAAUGAUAAGUAUGUGGCACCCUUUAAUUCCAUCUGAACCAGAAACAGAGACACCUAUUAAAAUUCCUGAUGCAGAAAUGUCUGAAUGUUCGGUGGAAGAUGAAAGUAGUUGCUCCGUUAGUGGUAAUGAAAGAGGUAUUAAAAGUAGUAGUGAGGGACUUUUGCUGGCAACGAAUUUGCCGCUGGCACUCCCAUCUAAAUUUUCUACAGAUAUAAUUCUGCCAACAAGUCGUUUGCAAAAGAGUGCCUCGAUGGUUGACAUUAAGAAGGCUCUCACAAAAUACACGAAAAAUAGUUUGAAUGAAUCAUCUACAACAAAGUCAACACCGUCGCCAUCUACAAGUACCCCUUCUACAACGAGAUCUUCUCUGCAUGUUAAAAGUCAUCAUUAUAUUUUUCAAUUAAUACCGUCUGAAAUUCAAGUUGUGCAUUUAGGCGUAUUUUUUGCCGUUUUAUUAACACUUUUCUCAGCAUUUUUAAUGUACAGAAUUCAGGAUAUCGAAUAUAGAAAAAGUAGUUUACAUCCACCAGAUUUGAAAUGGGGAGAUGAUCAAGACAUGGAUAUAUAUGCUGAAAUUCUAAAUUGGCAACGACAGUUACAAGCAAAAAGUGUCUCCGAAGCGGAAAUAGUACUGAACACAAAUUUGGAACAAAUUGCAAGAGUACGAAAGAGUUUGGAGACAUUAUCUUUAUUGAUUCAUGAUCGUAGCACCCGAUUGGCAACGCUUUUAGGAGAGCAAAAAAAUCAAGAGUCGCUGGACGACUCAAAAAACAGUUUUAAUAAUAUCAAUAAUAAUAAUAAUAAAGUUCAUUUAAAAGUGUAUGAUAUGAAUAAAAAUACGCUAGAUUAGGUAUACUAUGAAUUCAAAGUAAAUAAUCAAUUGAUAAAUCACAAUUAUGUGUUCGCAUUCAACUUAUAGUAAAGAUUUUGUUCAACAAAUAGUGUUGUAUAAAAAAAAAUAUAUUUGAAAAAUUUAGAAAUUAAGUUUAUAAAUUUAGCUGAAUAAAAAAAAUUGCGUCUAUAAAAAAACAAAUACUAAUAGUCGCAUUAGAAAAUGACUUAUAUUAAGCAUUAAAAUUGAAGCAUUAUAUUAAGAUAAAUUAAUGGUGUACGCAUUAUUAAAAUUUUUGUUUAUUUUUUUUUUACCUUACUCUUAAAAAAGCCAAUAAAAGUGAAUGCCAAAAUAUAAUUUAGGUCGCUCCAAUUUAAAUGUUUUAUAAAAAAGAAAAACUUUUGAAUUAAAAAUAUAUAUGUGGCAUAUGUAAUUAAAUUCAUUUCUAAUUCUAAUUGGCCGAAUGAUCUUGGAUCGAAAUUACGAAAGACAUGAUUACGGAUAUUAAGUAUUGAAAAUAAAAAACAAGGAUGUCAAACAUCAAUUAGUUAAUAAAUUGUAUCGAAAUUGAAUUCAAUUAUUAAAUUAAGGGAGAUAAAUAUGUAUUUUUGAAUGAUUAAUUGUAAGGCAGUUAAGGCAGUUGUUAAUUGUUGAGGAUCAGAAAAUGAGUGAUUUAUAUUGUAAAGCAAAAUAUUGUAACAAAAUGGACUUACACAAAUUAGGAGUACUAAGUACUUAUUGUUUUUUUUAUUAUUGUUGUAUGGUUUUAGGGAAUCAAAUAUAAUUUUUAAAUUCAAAAAAAUUGUAUCAACAACCAUUUCACGAUUCAAACGUUAAAAUGAUUAUAUAAAUAUUAUGAUACGUUAUUCUGA